AUGGGGACGUGCGAGAACCAGCUCUUCCCUCCUACGGACUUCCCAACGCGACCAGCCUACCUGAAGUUCAAGAACUUGAAGAGUGGGCUGAGCUAUUGCCAGUAUGGGGUUCUCAAGGAGGACGGCAAGCCGAUCGACUGCGAGGACGUGCCAGCAGAUGUGGUGAGUGGCGCCGAGUCAACGGAUGAGCAGAAGGAGAAGUACAGGCCGCAGGUGCUGGCAAAGUGCGUGUGCACCCCGGGCACGGAAUGUAAGUCGGUGAUUGCGAAUGCCGGCGUAGCCUCCGUUGCCUCGACCAUCUUCGUGAGGGUUGCCUUGGGGACGCUCCUCGAGCGCUUCGGUCCGGUAAACGUUCAGUGCGGCUUAAUGUCCUUUGGGGCCUUCUGGGUGGCAAUGGCGGCCGCCAUUACAGCUCCAUGGAACUAUACGCUGAUCCGCUUCUUCAUAGGUUGCGCCGGCGCCACUUUCGUGACCAAUCAGUUCUGGUGCUCGCUGAUGUUUGCGCCCAAUGUUGUCGGCACGGCCAACGCCACUGCGGCCGGUUGGGGCAACUUGGGAGGCGGCGUGACCCAGGUUUUUAUGAUGUCUGUACUUUUCAACCCUAUGGUGGCAUCCGGGUUGGAGCCGAAUGUCGCUUGGCGUGUCUCCAUGGUGGUGCCAGCGGUCAUGUUCGUAGUUUGUGCCGUUUGCAUGAAGCUCAUGUGCUGGGAUAUGCCUACGGCACGCAACUACGAUCCGGCCGUGACCGGCAAGACACAAAAGCCUUCGAUGUGGGACUAUGUCGAGGUGCUGCGUGACGUUCGCGUCGUGGUCAUGAUCUCAGCUGGGAAUGCCCCAGUUUUGCGCAGGACCGUCCUGAGGUCCCUGCUUACGUGCUGUCCAGGCGCCUUGGUUGGCCUGGGAGCACUCGAGGCCGCGUUCAUCAAUCCAACCCUGGUCAUGAUAUUCCAAUAUUCCGCGUGUUUCGGCACCGAGCUCGCAAUGAACAAUCAGUUGGCUACGCAUUUUCGGACAUACUUCCAGAUGGAUGCAGGUGAUGCCAGCGCGCUGGCGGGUGCUUUCGGCCUCAUGAAUCUUUUCGCUCGAUCACUUGGAGGCAUCAGCAGCGAUGUGUGCUUCAAGUACUUCGGCUUCCGCGGCCGCAUUUGGGCCCAGUUCCUGGCACUCUUCUUCGAAGCUAUCUUCCUAUUCAGCUUCGGAAACGUGGACAAUUCUCAGCCUUGGUACGUGGCAUUGGCAGUCUUGGUGUGCUUCUCGCUCUUUGUGCAGAUGGCUGAAGGCACCUCCUACGGCAUCGUGCCCUUUAUGAACCGGAAGCAGCUCGCAGUGGUGUCCGCGCUUGUGGGUGCCGGUGGAAACCUCGGGGCAGUGAUUGCAGGCUUCUGCUUUUACAAGCCGAUCCAGGAUGCCCUGCUGCCUUUCCAGGUCCAUGCGGGCUAUGUAAUGUUUUGGGCGCUGCUGAGCCCAUGCUACUACUGGUCCGAGAUGGGUGGUUCGGCCCAAGCUAUCCGCCUCCCCGCGGUCCGAAUCGGGCCUGUUAGUGACAACAGGUGCGAAAGGGAUAGCUACACGCGCGUCAUGGCUCCCACAAGCGGAGGCGUCUGGGCAGCGUUCAGUUUUGAUGGGUGGGAAAUGCAGAUGCCGUCACUGGCUGAAAUUUGUUUGCGCAUGUGCGAGCCUUAUGGUGCGCGUGCCCGUCCUGGUGGCGUGCAUUCGUGCCUUCCCGAAGCGGAGGCUGCAGGCACUGGUGGCGAGGUCGUGCAUUCUCUCACUCCCGAUGCGAAUGCUUGUGCAUUCCGUGUUGGUGGGCAGGUGGCUCACUAUGGCACGGGCUGGAGCAAGCGACGUGGAAGGUUACUUCAGAGCGUUCACUCUGGCAUGGGCAAGAGCAAGCGACGCGGAAGGGCCUGGAUGGACACCAGUUCGCUCUUCACGUUGUUGGCGACGAUUUCGCUGGCAGCUCUCUCUUCGGCCUCCUUGGUUGAGUUGCUGCCUGUGGACAUCGAGGCGGAGGGGACGCGAGUACCCCAUGAGUGGUUCAAUACGGCGGAGGGGACGCAAAGACCCCAACAGAUUGAGGUCAGUGCGGAGGGGGUUAUGUGCGGCGACUUGGGCGGCCACUGCAUGAUGGGUGUGGCUCCAAAUGGUGCACCCGGUUGGCGCAACAGCUGGACGAUGGCGAUCUCCACGCCUGCGCUCUCGCUCCUGGUUGCGGGCAGCUGCUUGGGCGUCUUCUACAUGAAGGGUGUGGUACCGGCUGCUGUGGAUGGUCGUCCGAGCGAGUCCUUCGUUCUACGCGUCGUAGCUGGCGGCAGUGGCCUGGGCGACUUCUCCUUGGGUUUCCGUGUCCUUCGGGUGGUCAGGUUGAGGUUCAGGUCCCAGGUGGUGGUGACCGUAGCCCUCAUGGGCUUAGUGCCAGCUGUUUAUGUUGCGACCGUGGAACACCUAGCCAUGGCCCUGGCGCUUUUCCUGGUCACGCUCCUUGCGGUGAAUGUGGGUCUGCGAUUUGUGCAGCGGUUCAGCUUGACUCGUGGCAAGGACUUUCCCACGCCCAAGGUGCUUGGCAUGGCCAUUGAGGCUCCGUGCACUGCGAAGAAGGACUCCGUUGUGUUAAGGGCCAUGACACGCCGUGGUCUGGUUGGUCAGUGGGACGAGGUCUCUAAGGGUCCGGGCAAGGCUUUAAGGACUUGGCUCAUGCGCAUUGAUAGCAAGCUCUCCCCUUCUCUUCGGGAUUCUUGGGGCUGGGAGCUCAUCGGCAAGGACGAUUGCAAAGGACUUGUUAGAGUCGAUAAGGCUUCGGCGCUGGCUUUCAUCAAGCACAGUGGCUCGCUCGCAGGCGGGUGCAGGUGGUUCUUCGAGCCUCUUCGUUGGGAGGCGCCGCUUCUUGACGUUCCACCGGUUGUUGAUUGGAUUGAGGCGACCUCCCUUUCAGCAGCUGCCACUCAGGCUGUUGAAAAGGCCAAACGCACUGGAUUCGGGGUAGUGCUGGGCCGCAGACAGGUCGGCGUCCGAAAAGCUAGAGACUCCAAGAACGAGCAGUCCACGCAGCGUCGCCGUCUGUGGAAGUUCUUAGGCGCUUCUUUCGAAAUGGGGGCAGAUGACAUUCGAUCGCUCGCUGAAAAGGCUGGGUUUCUUGAUGUUGAGCUUGUUGAGCAGUUUAAGUGGAGAAGUGCUGUGGGGUGGGCGCUUAGGGCCACUCGUGCUGAUGAUUUCUCUCACAUGGCACUCCAAGUCCAAAACCGCACCAUUCAGGCCUCAUGUCAGUUUGGGCGAGGCGACCGGCGGCUUCACACCGCCAUUGCUCCGGAAAAGCGCGUUCUCUUUAGCUCUGGCCUUGCGCCCAAGGUCGCUCAGGUUCCUUCAGGCCUCUUCCAGACCAAAGCUGGCUGCGGGCCUCCGGUUGAGCUUCAGGGUGCUGCCACCCCCAGUGAGGAAAUGAAGGAGGAGGGUGGUGAUGCCCACAAGCGGCCAGGCGGGUCGUCCAACGGCUCAGUGGCGAAGAAGCUUAAAGUCCAGGAGACAGCUGUGCCGGCCGGCUUGGAGCCGGUGCCCAACACGGGGCAAGGGAACUGUUUAUUUUUAGCUCUCUCCGAUGCUUUCGGCUUGAUUGGCCAAUCUCGCGGUCAGGCUGUCUUGAGAGCAUCUGCCGUGGCGCAUUUGCGCAAAUAUCGCGAUGCUUAUGUCGGAGUUUGGGACAAGCGAACGCCAGAUGAGCAUGAGACGGAGAUGGACGACUUUGAGCGCUACCUUGACAGCGUCGCCCUGGAAGGGGCAUGGGGCAGUGCGUUGGAGAUCACGGCGGUCGCCAACACGCUUGACGUGAUGAUCCGAGUGGCGUUGCGAGGACAGGUCAUGCGUGAGGUCGAUUGGGGCAACAUGCUGGAGGGACCUCGUGUCGGCCUUCGGGCUGGCGCUGGCGGCGAGUCCCUCCAGCAUGCGGGACAGGGUUUGGUGGCUGCUCCUAAGGAAACUGAGAGGAUCGCCAUCGUGAAGCUCAAGCGGAGAGACGCUGCUAAGGGCAAGACGCUUCGCAAGGGUGUCCUUCGUCGGAUCCUUUCUUGGAACUUGGGUAGUCUCCACACGCAAGGUGAUGGUCUCGCGGAACUCCUGCUCCGUCACAGCGUGGACGUGGCAUUGAUUCAGGAGCACCACAUCCCUGAGAACGGCAGGCAUCGCCUGUCACGUGUUUUUCGUCAAGCAGGGUGGCAGGUGUUCUGGGGACCUCAACGGUCUUGUGGCUACGGCGAGGCCGUUCUUGUGCAUCGCAGAUUCUCUGCGGCUUUGCUCCAGAGCGAUUCUCGCGAGAUCUGUACUGUGGCUCUGCGCAUGGCUGGAGGUCGCAUGAUGCGAGUCGCCUCCAUCUACGCUCCGGUUCAUUCCCGUGGCACCCAAGAGGCUUUCUUCGCCGAGCUGGCUUCGUGGCAGGGACGACCUGGUCUGUGGGUCGCUGGAGGCGAUUUCAAUUCCGACCUGCUCUCUCAAGUUCCGUGCAGCGGUCAUGCGGCCUUGCCGCUUACGAACACUUGGAGACGAUCUGUCCAGCAUGAGUGGUGCUCGUCUCUCGACGGAUUUGUCACUUGUGGGGCCUUGAGGCCCGUCGGCGCGGUUGCUGCGCUGCAGGAGGAAGUUGUCACCCAGCAUGCUCCGGUGAUCUGUACGGUGCCGGGUGAGAUUCGUGAAGAGUUUUUGCUGGCCUGGGCGCUUCCUAGAACGCGCCUAAACCCGUGGACGCUGGAUGCUGAUGAGGCCUUCUUUGUCGAGACCGUGAUCAAGUCCUCGCCGCCAUGGGUGCGCUGCGGCGCAUGUGUGCGUGGGGCAGUGAAUGGGGCUGGACCACAUGAGCUGCACGAGAAGUAUGAGGCCGGCCAGGCUGCUCUUCACGCUCUGCUAGCUCAUCGCCGACGUGACGGCAUUAACGACUGGAAGGCUCGUGUUCGCGACCUUAGCUUGGCUUCUAAGUGGGUUAAGUCUGGUCCCGCCAAACCGUUUAGGCUUCUCAACGAGGAUGGGUCCAUUGCCAUCACCCCUUCUGAACAAGGGCGCGCGGUAAAGGCGGAAUGGCUGCCCCGGUGGACUGAGAGGAGUCCGGCUGCAGUCGCGGCAGGCGUCUCGGCUGCGGGCGUCUUCGCUGAGGCCCUCACUGCGCGAGCUUCCGAGUUUCCCAGGCCACCGCCAUGGACUGUCGGCGACAUUCGAGCUCAGAUUCGCAACAGUGCUGCAGGACUGGACGGCCUUACAUUUCAGCACUACCGUGAUCUGCCUGAUGUCCAUUUGGAGAGGCUCGCGGCCCUCUAUACGGAGCUGGAUGCUGGGAUGCAGUUUCCUAGGGCUUGGCAGGCUGCGCGCCUUGUAUGUAUACCUAAAGAGUCCGGAGAUGCUCGACCUUUGACUGUCAUGCAAGUCGGGUACCGGCUUUGGUCGGCCAGAUCUGCCUCCUUGCUUGGCCAAUGGGCUUCUUCCUGGAUGCCUCCGGAACUGAUUGGCGGCCGAGGGGGAGCUCCUCCAGCCGUGCAUUCAGCCAACGAGGUGUCGUCCGUGUUGGCGGUGGCCUACCAUGAACAGAGGCCACUGACCGGGGCAUCCCUCGAUACCGAGAAAUGCUUCGACUCGGUCAGUCUUGAAAGCGUUCGAUGUCUUCUCCGUCAGGCUCGAGCUCCUCUGUUCAUGUUUCGCGUUGUUGAUCUGUGGGAACGGCUGGAGCGCCACGUGUGGCUGCUGGACGGUCCGACAGGCAUCACGAUUCGAGCCGCUCGCCAACGUGGUCUACCCCAAGGGGAUCCGCUGGCCCCUUGGGCCUUGAAUUUAGUGAUGGCGACUUGGAUAUGGGCACUGCCGAAAUUGGACCUCGUCAGGGUUUUCCUCGAUGACAGGUGCUUGCUCCAUCGACGGGUGGAGGUUCUGGCCGAGGGGUUGCGCAUCACGAGAGCUUUUGACGAGGCUUUCGGUUUGACUGUUCACCCUCGGAAAUCAUGUCGGUUUUAUGUAGGCGAGGCCCAAGAAGACCCGACGCACUACUGGUCAUGCUUGCCUUUGAAAGUUUCUGUGAAAUACCUCGGAGUGCAGCUGGAGACUGAUCCGGGAGGGUCUCUGUCCAAUGGCGAUGCUCGUGCUGAGGCUGUUAGGGCUAAGGUCGUUCGUGCUCGCUUGCUUCCCCAGCCUGAGGUGCGCAGGACAUUGGUUGCCAGUUACUUGCAGGGUCUUUACGCUGAGGGAGUCAUGAUGACGCAACUGGCCUGCGACCGCCUUACUACGUCGGUAGUGCAGGCUUGGUGGGGGCCGACGCUCAACAGUCGUAACUACAUGCGUAGUGAGGCCUACACUCUUGGUCUGCUGGCUCCUCUUCAUCGCAUGGCGCCUGUGAUGGUUCAGUGCUGGUCCACGGUUGUUGCUCUUGCUAGGCUUCUUGUUCAGAACACGCUGCUUGGUCAGGGUAUUUGGCGGGCUUGUUUUCAGGAACGUCGCUGUAUUGGGUUUGCCAGGCAGGUUAGGAGGUGUCUUCUUUUCCUGAAGUGGCAGUGGGCUUCUUGGGACACGCUCAUAGAUUCCUUCUGCCAUCGUCUUCAUUUACCAGACCUGGCGUUGCGCAACGCUAGAGGCGACAAGGCGAAGCAUAUCUUCAGGGACCGGUUGCGGGCCUUCUGGUGGCAGUACUGGGACUCGUCUCGCAUUGCUCAUGGAGGCAUUCUUUCUGGGGUUGAUCGAGAGCGCUCCUUGCAGCCCCUGCAAGCUCUUCGGCUACGCAAAGGAACCUUCGGAUGGGAUGGCACUGACGCAGGAGCUCGCUACGCAAGAUUCCUGGCAGAUGCUCUCUGGUCGCGGAAUCGCAGGAGGCAUGCGGGCAAAGUUGAGUCUGCUCGGUGCUGUCGCUGCGGAGUUGAAGAUGAGCGCACUGAUCACUUCCUCUGGGGCUGUGUGGCGAACCGCGAGGCGCAGAUCGUGCUUCGAAGAGACUGGGAUGCGGCCGCUGGUUCCAGCAGCUGGCCCGCUGAAUGGCUUCCGGAUGCCCUUCCGCAGUGUCUUCGGCAGUGUGGCGUAGUCCCGCAGGUGUCUGGGCGCGAUGAGGCCCCUUGGACGGAUGGGCAGCUGGCGGCGCUGCAGCGGUACUUCGCAUCGUGGCGUGAGGAGUUCUUCUUCGUCCUAGCGGUCGUCGCCUAUGAGAGGGUGGCCCACUCUUUCUUUCUAUCUUCCGAGAUGGGUGGGAUGUUCCACGGACCGGCACAGAGCUCCGAGAAGGGCAAGACGCAAAGCGGUGAGUACCAGUCUCACACGGGCACCGACGAGUUCAGACAGUCCCGCCGCUUGGCAACAGCUGUGAACCCGAAGUUGGAGGAGCUGGACCUGGAGUAUCCCUGGCAGGUUUCCGAGCUGGCGAUCCUCUGGAACCAGCCCUGCUUCUGA